AUGCUCUCUUGUCUCGUCCAAAUCUUUGAGGUUUUUCAGGUGGUUAUUGCCUCCGUUACAUCUGUAGUCUUGUUAGCGUUCGCCGGUCUAACCCUUGGUGGCUCAAUCGUGGCAUUAGUCGUAGUCACACCGCUUUUUGUGAUAUUCAGUCCGAUUCUUGUACCAGCAACUGUAGCUACUACUCUCCUAGCCACCAAUUUAACGGGCGGUGCUUUCAUAGGAGUGACGGCAAUUGCUCUCAUUAUUUGGCUCAUUAAACAUAGAAUGGGGGUGAAACCGAAGGAUAAUCCACCGCCAAAAGGAGCUCCACCGCCUGCCGGAGCAUGUAAACCGGCCGGAGGGCCAGCAGAUACACCGGCUGGAGGACCAUCAGAUAAACCGGGCAAAGGAUCCGGAGAUAAACCGGCUGGAGGGCCCGGAGAUAAACCGAGUGGAGGACCUGGAGAUAAACCGGGCACAGGAUCCGGAGAUAAACCGGCUGGAGGGCCCGGAGAUAAACCGAGUGGAGGACCCGGAGAUAAACCGGCUGGAGGACCCGGACAUAAACCGGGUGGAGGACACGAACAGAAACCGGCUGGAGGACCCGGACAUAAACCGGGUGGAGGACACGAACAGAAACCGGCAGGAGGACCCGGAGAUAAACCGAGUGGAGGACACGAACAUAAACCGGCUGGAGCACCCGGGGAUAAACCGGCAGAAGGGAAAACACCCCCGGCAUGGUAG